GGACCUUCCAGUUCUUAACUUCAAUUUUACCGAUAUUUCCCCCCUAGACCAGACCUGGCUUGGUUGGACCCAGCACACACGACCUGAGCUGUUAGUUCGCUCUCUCUUUCAGCCCGUCCAAUUCAUCCACUCCUCAUUCUCCAAUCAUUUGGUCUUUCUCUUCCCACUCCUCGAGUUCCUCCCCUUCAUCUCCGCUUUCCAGCCGCCCUUGCUCCUCUCUGGUCUAUGACCAAGCUUCUUCUGGGCUGCAUUCUGCUUUUGACGUUUACCCACUGUUGUUUAUGAUCCUACCUGAUCCCCCGGACCACUUGGUGAAUAGCCCUUCGCUUCCUGCUGUUCACUGACCUCCAGCGAUGGCCCUUCCUCAGCCACCCAACUCGGAGAAGACCGUUCGCAAAAUUGACAUUGCUCAGGUUUCCCUCAGCCUCCAAGAUCGUCUCGGCCUCGCCAAAGUCAAGUACCAGAAUGGCCGUCUCCAGUCCCUCGAUCACUCCGGUGGUCGUUCCCUCCUCUUAGGGAGUGACAAGCCGUCGGAUUCCUCGUCCGAAAUAUCCCAUAGCCGUUGCGAGACUCCUCUGACGUCCCCUCCCUUGCGAACUGCGACCUACUCGAAGGAAUUGCCCCGAUCAUCACGGAAUAGACAUGCAGCCACGUUCGAUUCCAAGGUGAUGCAGCCGAUGCUGUCGGCCGGCCGAAAACGUCUCCGGUCGGACUCGGUCACGGAUCGUCCAGCAAAAGCUCCUCGAGGGUCUUGGAAAAGUUCAUACCAACUCCCCGAGUCGUCUCCGGGCUUCAACCGGCACAUGGGACAUCGCCAACGACAUUUGCCUCUCAUCUCUGAGACGGCCCCGAUCCCCGAGUUUUCCUCUCCGGCCCACAAUCCCUAUUCGGACGAUGAGAACGACCCAGACCUUCCUGUUCAUAGUUUUCAACAUGUGAGCUCGAUGGUGGGCUCCUCGCCUCCCCGUACUCCUCCACCAAAACACACUCGCUCGUCGCGGAACGAACGGACCUUGCGGCAUGAUGACGGAGCUGAUUUGCUCCUGUAUCUGGCCAAUUCGCCCACCCCGGCCAGCGUCGCCAACAAGACCCACGCGCGAGACUUCCCUCCAUCAACCCCUCCAAGUCAGCAUGCCAUGCUGCCGUCGCUCACCCCAACUCCCGGGGGCGGCAGUCUCUUCCCAAAUUUCAGCACUCCCAAUCAGCAGUUCAAUUUUGCAGAUUUUGUCAACGUCACCCCGAGCCCGGCUCAAGCACCCUGGGGUGGCCGUACGCCCGGAGGCGCGGCACGCACCCCUCUUGCAGCAAAAGAUAGGCGGCGGUCGAACUUUGACACCCUGUUACCUCCUGGUGCAGACAGCCCCAAGAGCCGAGCGAGAGCGUCCGGUCUCCUCUUGCAACUUGGUGGAGAACUCCGUCCUUGAACACAUCAUGACCAGACCCUCAAACAUCCUUUUCCUUGUCCCAUUUUACGAUUACCAAGUUUAAUGACCGUUAUGUGCACACACCAGAUCAUCCUGUUCCCUGCCGCUCUACCCCUCACUUCCUCAUACCCUGCCACCCCUUGUGUCAAUUCCCUCUGCGGCGGCGGCCUUGGUAUUUGUCCAUACACCUCUUUUCUUAUGUCAAUCCCCGACUUUUGCAUAACCUUUCUUUUGUAUGACACCUCUAGCCCACCAUCCGUGUUCGGCAUUCUCUGUUUUCUAUUCUUUCCAUCAUGUCCCCUCUUUUCAUUUGUGGCAAAGAAACUUGAAACCGAAUCGCUCUGACGCGGUCAAGCUAGCUGUAUAUGCACGAGCGUCACCUAUUGAUG